AUGGUGCACAAACAGAUCAAAAGAUUUGUGGAUGUCAUACUUAAACUAAAUCAAGUACAGUCCAAAACUUGCACCUUUGCAAUCACGGCACUAAAAGACGGUUACUCCAUUAACUCGGACGACCAGGACAGCGACACUGCACCACUUCUAGAGAAGGAAGUGGAAAAAAUCACAGUGCCUCCCAAAUGCUGCUCUGUACGAUGCAAUCUGGCUGCUUUGAUGUUCUUUGGCUUUGCUGUGGUCUAUGGUCUACGUGUAAAUCUCAGUGUUGCCAUGGUUGCUAUGGUUAAUGGAACCAAUAACCAGCCAUCAUCCAAUAGCAAUAUAUCAAACGAGUGUCCAGUACCCACCCAUACACUUGACAACAACAGCCAAAGUUCAGAACAGCCAGAUGGGAUUCCAAGAUACCCAUGGAAUCCCGAGAUGCAGGGAAUGCUGCUCAGUGCUUUCUUUUUUGGAUACCUGUUUACUCAGAUCCCGGGUGGCUACCUAUCAGGUCGCUUUGGAGGAAGCCUGUUCCUUGGUGGUGGUGUGCUUGGAACAGCCGUCCUCACUCUCCUCACUCCACUGUCAGCACAACUUGGAGCCAAGUGGCUGUUUGCCUUGCGUGCACUUGAGGGAUUUGGGGAGGGUGUGACUUUUCCUGCCAUGAUGGCGAUGUGGGCCCGCUGGGCUCCUCCAUUAGAGAGGGCUCGUCUGAUGACGUUCUCAGGUGCAGGCUCCAGCUUUGGUGCCUUUGUGGCUCUUCCUCUCACUGGCUUCAUCUGCCAUAGUCUGGGGUGGCCAGCGGUCUUCUACUCUUGCGGUAGUGUCGGGUGCCUCUGGGCAGUGUUUUGGUUUAUCUUGGUGUCAGAUGAACCCCGAACUCACCCAAGAAUUAGUGACAGAGAGAAAUGUUACAUAAUUAACUCAAUAGGUUCACAGGGGACGCCACAUGGUUGGUCAGUGCCUGUAUUAUCUAUGCUGUUCUCUGUGCCUCUUUGGGCCAUAAUCAUCCCACAGAUGUGCUCUAACUGGUCUUAUUACACUCUCCUCACCUCACUUCCUACCUACAUGGACUCUGUGCUCCACUUUGAUUUGCGACAGAAUUCGUUCCUCUCCGCUCUGCCAUAUCUGGCUGGCUGGCUGUUCUCAGUGGGCUCAGGUGUGCUGGCAGACAACCUCCUGGAGAGGGAGCUCCUGAGUGUCACAGCUGUCCGAAAACUCUUUACUUUUAUUGGUCUGUUUCUACCUGCUGUUUUCCUGCUUGCUGUAGGCUUCACGGGUUGUAGCGGUGUGCUGGCUGUGACAUUUCUCACUUUGUCCAGUGCAUUUGGGGGUUUCAGUGCUGCUGGUGUCUACAUUAACCAGAUUGAUAUUGCUCCACGGUACGCGGGUACACUUCUAGGAAUCACAAACACUUUUGGGACCAUCCCUGGUGUUCUUGCACCAAUUGUAGUGGGUUACUUGACCAAAGAUCACUCAGUUACAGGAUGGAGACACGUGUUCUGGUUGUCUGCAGGGGUGAGCGCCUUUGGAGCCAUCUUUUACGUGAUCUUUGGCACUGGAAAGAUUCAGAGCUGGGCAAGGACAGAUGAGGAAUCAGACACAGAUACACACAAUUAAACAUUCCAGUUGACCAAUUCAGAGGGAUACGAGGACUGCCUUUGAGUUUUAUCCUAUACUCAACACAUGCUACCAGUCAGAAGUUUGGACAAACUUCAUACUUUUUCAUGAUUUAAAAAAAAAAGUGUUAUUCUAAAGACGAACAUAAAAUAUACCUACUUCAUAACUUUUUUUUAUUUUUUAUAAAUGGACCAGAUAGUGACAUUUUUAGGUCACUACAUAAUUCCCAUAUGUGUUAUUUUAUAGUUAUGAUUACUGUUAUUCAAAAAAAAAAAGAGUAGCAUGUCCAAACUUUUGACUGAUAGUAUUAAUAAUACUCCACUCAGGGUUUUAAAAGGGAAAAUUUGAAGUGCCUUACAAUGUGUAGUUUAUUAGUCUGGUAAUAUUUAUUCAUUGCUGAACAAUUCAGAAUUAAUCAUAAUACAAUUUAAUUGAGAAUUCAGAGUAAUUCCAUGUCUUAAUCUCAUUCAAUCUUAAUCUCAUUCAAUGAAAAAAAUAUACUCUGGACUUUAUACUAACUUUCAAUCAAAUGUAAUGUUUAUUACAGUGGUGAAAUAGAACAGAUUUAGGGGUAUUAUCUAAAUUUAAGUACAUUUGAAAAUACUUGUUAAUAAGCACUUUAAUGCAUUAAUAAUGAAAAUACCUUACUUCUUGGUACCAGUGCUGUUCAAGGCAUUUUAAACUUGCUAAUGAAGUAACUGUACUCCAUUAAUUGUGUCAUUCAGUUCAGCACUCAGCCACUUGGUUUGUUACAGAUUUACUAACAGAUACAGUCCAUUCAUAUUUACUGGAAUUUGCCAGACAUGGUACAUUAUUGUUUUGAAACUUGUUGAAAUGUUUAAUGAAUUUGAGUUUUUGAUGACUACAUUAAGCUAGUGCACAAUUUAAUUGUUACAUGUUUGGUAAGCUAGUGCACAAUUAAUUUUUUUGUAUGUAUGACUCUUUGAGUGUUUUAAAUAAACAUUAACUUAAACUUAAUGUUUAUUUAAAACACUCAAAGAGUCAUACACUAAUUGAGUCACAAUGGCCAGCACUUUUUUUUUUUAAAUGGCAUGGAUAUCUCAGUGCUGAAAAUUGCCCAGUAUUACUAUUUCAUUUUUUUUUUAAAUAAUAAGUGAUAUUCCUUUAUGAUGUUGAUCAUGCUCAAUAAAUAAAAGUGAAUUUUUACAGUGCAGUCAUAUUCCAUCUGCUUUGUCAGCACUUGUUAUGUGUUCUUCAAUAUGGAUGAAUAGAUCAUUAAUCAAACAUUUGUAUUCCUAUGUGCGAUUACAGAGUAAA